ACAAAAUGGCGGAUUACACAACACCAGCCAUGGGCAACUAUCGACGAUAUUUGAGCCCUUCUUUGGGCGAAUUUGAUGUGAAUUUAAUGAUGGAAAAGGCGACCGCCAUCAGCAUUAACGAAUUAAAGGGUUCAAAGGGAAGGAUCAGUGGUGAAAAGGAUUCGUUUGUCGUUGAAAUGCCGGAGAACAGUGAAGGAGUUCAAAUGUUCAGACAACGAGUACAAGUUGAUACAAGAGGUGGUGCCGUUUCCUCUCAAAGUGAGCAUCAACAUAACUUGUUGAGUGUGAUCCAACCCUUCAAUAGAAAAUCAUCUAAAGUCAAGAAACUUAUCAAUGAGUUCCUCAAGUCUGUACUCUCCGAAAAACAGAGUUGGAGAAUCAUUUACCUGGGGUGUUUAAAUCUUCUAUGUACAAUCUUCUUGUUUUCAUAUUGUAGAAUUUCCAAUAGCAUGGCAUUGACAGCUUUUACCUAUCUGACAGUGUUUGAUUUCCUCAGUUUGCUGACUUGCUUUCUUUCUGUAUGGAUUUCCUUGCAAAAUCCCAGCUCAAAUUUUACUUUUGGGUUUGCAAGGGUUGAGGUUUUAGCUGUCUUUGCCUCAACCAUGUUGGCAAUUUUUGGAGCUUUAUUUGUUAUUAAGGAAAGUAUGGAGAGAAUAUUAAUACCACCAGAGGUCAACACUGAUCAGUUAAUGGUGGUGACAUGUGUAGGCUUGAUGGUUCACUUAGUCGUAACAUAUGGAACGACCAAUAAACCAUUCAACCAAGUUCUCAAAGCCUCAACAUCAAAUUGGCUUCAAGAUGCCCUGAUGGAUGUAGGUCACAGCAUUUGUGGAGUUUUCCCACCUUUGGGAAAUUUCCUGAUUGCAAGGGUCAAUCCGUUUGCUUUGGUUGCUCUAGUCGGUGCCAUUGCUGUUGUUGUUACAACUUUCUGUAUCGAUUACAAAAAUUAUUAUUUGGCCGAUACAUUAGCAGCUAUUGCCAUCGCUUUGUUGACGUGGGCGACGAUGCUUCCUCUCGCGAUAUACAGUGGUCAUGUAUUACUACAGACAUGUCCUCAAGUCGUAAUGAAUCAAGUUGAUAAAUGCAUGAGAGAGGCUUUAACACUCGAUGGGGUUUUGGAGUUUAGGAACGAGCAUUUUUGGACACUGUCGUUUGGAACGCUGGUUGGUUCGUUACAUGUUCGUGUUAGAAGAGACGCCGAUGAACAGUUGGUGCUUGCCCAUGUGACCAAUAAACUUGCUGGUCAUGUCACUGAUUUAACCGUGCAAGUGUUUAAAGAGGACUGGAGUCGAACCGGAAGCGCAAUGACGUACACGAUGCGGACGAACCCCCCUGCCGUGAAAUCGCACGAGCACUCGCAUCGACCCCCGGUCACCUAGUGAAGUUUGUGAGACUGAUUGAAAAUCGACCGAAUAUAAUGAGGGAUGUCGUCAUUUUUUCUGCAACUGAAAAUAUCACGUCUUCCUGAAAUACUUUUUAAUAUUGACUUUUAAAGUAUAGUUGCUCAGUGAAAAACUGAAAUGGUUUAUGCAAAUAUUUGUAUUUAAAGUUGCUCUAAAUUGAAGUUACAUUACCACAGG